AUGCGGCUGACAAGCAAGGAAAAGCCGGACCAUAACAUGGUCAAUCCCGAAAAGAUGGCGGACGAGCACACGCCUCUCAUCUCAACUGUGAGGACCGCUCCUCCACGCCAGCGCUAUCCUCACCAUGCCGUGCGCCGCUUCUGCACAAUCGCACUAUCCUGUAGCCUCAUUGCCUUGUUUGCCACCUUCCUCUUCGUCUUCGGCUUCGGCGGUCCUAUUGAGCGUCAUGAAUGGGACUUCUCGUGGCCCGACUGCAAGGAACGGCAUCUGAGCUAUGAGGAGCUCAAGAAGAUACUGCUCGACACACCAAGCAGUGAGAAGGCCGAAGAAUGGCAAAAGUAUUAUACUGAAGGGGCUCACUUGGCGGGACAAAACUACUCUCAGGCGCUGUGGACCAAAGACAAAUGGGCAGAGUGGGGCGUUGAUUCAUCAAUUGUCACCUACGACAUCUAUUUGAACCGGCCCGUUGACCACCGACUGGCAAUUCUGGACAAGUCAGGCUCGGAUGACGCCUCGACUUGGAAGGUAUCAUUCGAGGCCUCGCUUGUGGAGGACGUCCUCGACGAAGAUCCGACUACUGGCUUUGAUACGAGCAUCCCGACAUUCCAUGGCUACUCUGCCAGUGGCAACGUGACCGGCCAAUUUGUCUACGUGAACUAUGGAACAUAUCAGGACUACGAGGAUCUCGUCGAGGCAGGCAUCGACUUGGACGGGAAGAUCGCCAUCGCCCGUUAUGGCGGUAUCUUCCGCGGCCUGAAGGUGAAGCGAGCCCAGGAGCUCGGCGCAGUUGGCAUAGUUCUCUACUCUGACCCUGGUGACGAUGGAGACGUCACUGAAGAAAAGGGCGUUGAGAAGUAUCCCAAGGGCCCAGCGCGUCAACCCAGCAGUGUGCAGCGCGGAAGUACCCAAUUUUUGAGCUUCUCCCCAGGUGACCCGACUACUCCUGGCUAUCCGUCAAAGCCUGGCGUUCCCCGUGGACCCACCGAACCAUACAUCCCAAGCAUUCCCAGCAUUCCCAUCUCCUACGAGGAUGCACUGCCUAUCCUCAAGGCUCUCAACGGCCACGGUCCUUCUGCAAAAGACUUCAACAAAUACUGGAAGGCCGACCUGGGUCUGGGAUACAAGGGCGUGAAUUAUAGUGUCGGCCCAUCACCUGAAGACGUUGUUAUCAACCUGUACAACAAGCAGGACUAUAUCAUCACGCCCAACUGGGAUGUCAUUGGCAUAAUCAACGGAUCCAUCCCUGAUGAGGUGAUAAUUGUGGGAAAUCAUCGAGAUGCUUGGAUCGUUGGAGGUGCGGGUGAUCCCAACAGUGGAUCAGCUGUUAUCAAUGAAGUUAUCCGCAGUUUUGGAGAGGCCCUUAAGAAGGGUUGGAAGCCACUGCGAACAAUCGUGUUUGCCUCCUGGGAUGGGGAGGAGUAUGGUCUGCUUGGAAGCACCGAGUGGGUAGAAGAGUACCUGCCGUGGCUUUCGCAUGCUAAUGUCGCCUACCUGAAUGUUGACGUUGGAGUCAGGGGCCAGGAGUUCCACGCCUCGGCCGCUCCUCUCCUCGACAGCCUUCUUUACGACAUCACUGCCCAGGUGCCAUCACCUAACCAGACUGUUAAAGGUCAGACCGUGUACGACACUUGGGACAAGAGAAUAAGCACGCUUGGCAGCGGCAGUGAUUACACAGCAUUCCAGGACUUCGCUGGUAUCCCCAGUAUUGACUUUGGGUUCGGCGCUGGAUCCAAAGAUCCGGUUUACCACUACCACUCCAACUACGAUACCUUCCACUGGAUGGCUGAAUUCGGCGACCCCGGUUUUGUCUACCAUCGAACAAUGUCACAGAUUCUCGCACUCGCCACGGCUAAACUCGCCGAUGAGCCGGUGCUGUCCUUCGAGGCGGCUACCUACGCCACGGCUCUUGACAAAUAUGUCAGCAAGGUCGAGGAGAAAUUGGCGGCCGCAUUGAUCCAGUCGGAGCCCACGGACAAGGAUGAGAUUCUUGCCAUGCGCGGCAGUGUCAUCCGCCAGGAGGCUGAGGCCCAGGGCGAGGUUUCAGGUUUCCGUAAGAGCCUCGUGAAGCUGCAUGAGGCCAUCGCGGGCUUCGUGACCGAGGCGAGCAAGUUGGAUGCCAAGAAGACUGAGCUGCAGAAGGAGGUCAGCGAAGAGAUCCCGUGGUGGAAGUGGCCCAAGAAGCUGAGGCUGGGCUAUGAGAUCCGCAAGGUCAACACAAAGUACAAGUACCUGGAGAGGGACUUCAUCUACCCAGAGGGUCUGGAUGGACGUCCCUGGUUUAAGCACGUUGUGUUCGCGCCAGGCUUGUGGACUGGCUAUGCUGGAGCUGUCUACCCGGGUUUGGUGGAGAGCAUCGAUGCGAAGAAUUAUACCAAUGCAAUCCGCUGGUCUGGUAUUAUUGAGGAUUCCGUCAAGACGGCUACUGCCAAUAUCAAGGUUGGUCAUCACGGCUAG